AUGGCAAGAAGAACACACACCACGUGGCAUCCUCUUCUCUUGGUGCUGGUCCUAGGCGUCGCCGCGCACGCCGGUGAUAGCUGCUCGCUGGCGUGUCCCGUCGCGCCGCUGCCCUCCUCCUCCUCACCUUUGUCGUCGUCCAAUGCGGCGCGGCUGCUCAACGCCUCGGCCUUCUACGCCCCGUCGGCCGUCCACACCAUGUGGUCGACGGCCGCCUUUGUCGGCAACGCAACGUUACGCUACCUCAACGCCACGCGGGGCGCGGGCGACACGUGGUACGCCAACUCGCUCGCGAACUUUCUUGUGUUUCUCUGCGUCGAGAUGGCGGACGUGGAUCGGUGCGUCGCAUCGACGAGCGCGUACGCGGCAAAGAACGCAUCGUCCGGCGCCUGCCUCCGGCUGGCCGACGCCGGCAACUGCUUUGAUAGAAACCUCUGCGAGCGGCGCGAGAGCUGCAAGUGGCCGCUGCUCACCGAGGCCAUCGCGGUGCGGGUGCCGCUGUUUACCGACGAGGACGCGGCCGUCGCGACCCAAUGGGUCCGAACGAGCUACCCCAAGACGCUAUUUCUCUACACCGUGCCCGGCCUUUUGGUCGCGGCCGUCCUCGUCCUCGCGACAUGGAUCUUUUGCGUCAUGCGCUUUAGCUGCAACCGCUGCUGGGGAUAUACGCCGAGCCGUCGCGGCUACACGUGGCUCGAGCGCUGGGGGCCCAUCGUGAUCUUUCUUUGGACCACGUGCUUUCUCAUUGCGUGCGCGGCCAUUGUGCUCGCCCAAGGCGUCGCAUUCCAAGACGCCGUGCGCUCGAUCGCUGGCAGCACGAACGCCACCAUGACGCAGCUCGCCGCGGUUCCGACCGAUGCUAUCGUGCCACUCGAGACGCUGCAAAAAACGCUUUCAAACGUGUCGAUGAGCGACGUGAGGAUGGCGCUCGCCCCCGCGACACCCCCCGGCAACUGGACGAGCGUCGUGUCGAGCAUGGAGGUCUUCACAAGCACGUACGAAGCGGUGGGCGAUUACCCCCUCUACGCGUGCUCGCGGUCCGCCGGCGCGACCUUGGCGCCGACAACGACCUCGUGCACCGCAUGCCCCGAAGUGGUGUGCGGUGCUAUCAACGGCACGCUCCAGCGCAUCCUCGACGACACGGCGCCGCUCGCAUGGACGCCGCCGCUCGCGACACUUCUCGAGCCAACUGUCAACGCAUCGCCGUCAUCCUUGGAUCUCGAGCGCUUGAUGGUGCCAUUGGACUCGAUCCAAAGUCUUGCGGCAGCGUACUAUACCUCGACGUAUCCACACCUUCUUUGGGGUUUUGGCGCCCUCGAGUCCCUUAGCCUUGGCGCGCUGCAGGCCGCGCUCGGACUUGGGCUUGUCUCGAGCGCACUUGGUCUACUUGGUAUUUUCGCCGGCCUUGCGUCGAACUCGUCGCGUCUCGUGCAUCUGCUGCAUGGCAGUUGGAUGCUUGGCGUCGUCUUCUCGUUCCUCGGCCUGGUGCUCGGCACCUACUGCCUCGUGCUCGCGGUGCUUGGUCUCGACCUCUGCACGUACGUUUCGCUGGUGAAGUCGCAUCCUGACCGGUACCUCCCGUCGGCCGGCGCGACGAUCGCGACGCAGUGUCUCGGGGAGCUCACGCACGAGACGGCAUUUCCAGAGCUGCGUCCACUGGCCCAGUGGACGUGCGAAGGCCACGCGAUCCUCGACACCUUUGCACACACCAACUUGAGCCAGCCGCUCGCCGCCGCUGAGGCGUACAGUACACGGCUGCAAUCGUUCAGCCCGAGUACGUUUGGGUACGCGACGUCGGAGCUCCUGCGGCGGAUCGCAGCGCUCGCCGUGGCGACGACCAAGGCGACAUGGACGCCGACGAGGCUCCUCACGCCAUGGCAAGUCUACGGCAGCGCGUUCGACCCGACGCCAUGCACGCUCCUGCAGUCGCCCGAUGCGAUUCCGCUCUGCUUCAUGGCGCUAAAAUGCCACGGUGCCAAUACGACGUGCUACUCGAGCUUUGAGCGCGCGUACAGCUUGAAGCGGCUCGAAGUGGAAGCGACCGCGCUGCUCGCCAACAUGACGUUGACCUACGCCAGUGGUCCCAAGGCGUCGUAUGCGGCAUAUGCAGCGGCCACGACCAGCAGCCGCGGUGCCCACGUGCACUUGAUAGCGACCAACUCGUCGCUGGGUGCGUCCUUGGCCGCGAGUCGUGCGCUCGUGUGCGCGCCGAGCCUGCGCUGCGCAACGUUCCAGAACCAAGCCGCGACGCUCGAGGCUGGGCUUUGCCACAGCACACUCGAGUUCCUCGCGCUCUGCAGCGCCCUCUUGUUUGCAGCAAGUGUGAUUCACUUGGCGCAGGUCCUCGCCGCGAUUUUGCUCCAGAAGCGCUUGCGGGGCACCGAUUUCUACGAGACGGCUCGGCGAAAGCAGCGGGCUGCCGUAGCCAUUGCGACGCGCGUGGAUGAUAAUACGAGUAAGUAA